GCUGCAUGUAGCGCCAACCAUCUGUCUCGUGGCGCCUCCGGUAGCCCAUGUGCGCCCUGUUGUCGCUUCAACGGUCAAAGAAAAGGGGAUCUGAUCUGAUGGCGCCCAUGGAGAUGGAGAGGAUGGAACCUAGACAGCAGCAACACUAGCAGUCAUUUUGCCCUUUGCAGUCCCUGCCAUCCCCAUUCCCUUCCCCUCUCGCCUGCAGGCCCGCCGGCUCCCACUGCCAAGCUAGAUCUAUCUGAUUCGGCGGGGUUCUCCGGCCGGGAAUCAGCGGCAAGAACGGAGUGUUCAGCCGCGGCUGUGAAUUCUGAUCGCGGUUGCCCGGACGAUGCAAGCGACGGCGCGGCAGGUGGAGGACAAGGAGUGCUACAGCUACACCACCAAUGGCGCGGCCAACGGGCGGCCGCACCGCAAGAACCCGGCCGCGUCCUCUAGGCUCAAGCCGAUGCCGUCCAAGUGGGACGACGCGCAGAAGUGGCUGGUGGGCAUGUCCAACGGCGGCGGCGACGGGCUGCACGGCGGCGGCGGCAAGGCCGCCAAGCCCCGCAACUCCAACGCCGACGACCGGCGCCUCCUGAGCUCCUCCUCGCAGAACGGCCGCAUCUCCUGCAGCAGCGUGGACGGCGGGAUCGAGUACAACAUGGUGGCGGCGCCCCCGACGCCGCCGCAGCUGGGCGAGGACGACGUCGGCGAGACCAAGAACAUGGACUGCAGCAUGGUGCGGCCGCACGCCCACGGGUCGCCCGUGUCGGUGUGCCUGCGGGACAUGGGCACCGAGAUGACGCCCAUCGCCAGCAAGGAGCCGUCCAGGGCGGCCACGCCGCUGCGCUCCACCACGCCCGUCGCGCGGAGCCCGAUACCGUCCCGGUCGUCCACGCCGGGGAGGCGGCGGCAGGACGCGCCGCCCGCGGGCGCUCUUGGCUCCGACGUGGUCAGGACCGCGGAGCAGCCGGCGGUAAGCAACAAUGCCGUCGGUGGCGGCGAGGCGGACAGGGACAGCGACGGCGGGGCGGUCGGCGGUGCUCCCAGGGCCAACACGCUCGAGUCCCGCGCGGCGGCCUGGGACGAGGCCGAGCGGGCCAAGUUCAUGGCGAGAUACAAGCGCGAGGAGGUGAAGAUCCAGGCCUGGGAGAACCACGAGAAGAGAAAAGCCGAGCUGGAGAUGAAGAAAAUAGAGAUGAAGGCGGAGCAGAUGAAGGCGCGGGCGCAGGAGAAGCUGGCCAGCAAGCUGGCGACGGCGCGGCGGGUGGCCGAGGAGAAGCGGGCGGUGGCGGAGGCGACGCUGAACGAGGGCGCGGCGAGGACGUCGGAGAAGGCGGACUACAUCCGGAGGACCGGCCACCUGCCCUCCUCCUUCUUCUCCUUCAGAAUCCCCUCCCUCUGCGGCUAGGCUCAACUGCCUCCCUAUACAGGACAGAUUCAUAGGGAUCACCGUAUAUGUGUAGCCAUCUCCACUGCCCCCGCUGCUUCAUUUUGUGUCCAAUGCAGGGGUGGAUGCACUUUCAGUUUUAUAUGAUGAUUGACAUAGCCUGCUUCUCGAUUAUCAAGAAAGGAAGAAGAGUAUUGUGCGUC